AAUAUGGUUAUUAUGGUUAAAAGGAUAUGUAAGGAUAAAAGGAAAGGAUUAGAAUAUAAAGAAGGAUAAUAAUGGAUAAAAAAGUGCACAAAUGUACUUUUAACGGAUGUACCACUGCAUUUAGUAGACCAUUCAGAUUAACACAACACCUUCUUACACACGUGAAUGUUAGAGCAUUUCGAUGUACUAAAUGUUCAAAAACGUACACAACAAAAAGUCAUUUGAUUCGCCAUGACAAUACAGUACAUUUGAAGAUAAAAACAGAUGUUAUUUACAGUUGUCCAGAAUGUAUGCAAGUGUUUGCAAAUCGUCAAAAUUUAAAACGUCACAUGCAAAAGAAACACAUACAAGGUAUAAAUAAUUACUGUUGUGAACAUUGCAAAAAGUAUUUCCGAAAAAUAAAUCAAUUAAGAUCUCACAUGUACCAACACACUGGAAUAAAAUCUUUUAAAUGUAACAAAUGUUUCAAAGAAUUUAUUACGCACUAUGAAAAGAGGAAACAUAUGAGAUGUCACAAAAUUUAUAUCUGUGAAGAGUGCAAGAAACAGUUUGAUAAAUACAAUGAUUUUCAAAAACAUAAAAAGGAACAUGAUACCAAAGAAUAUUGCUGUGAUAAAUGUGGUGUUAGUUUUAAGGAGAGAAUACUCAUUGUUCGACAUCUGAAAAAACAUUCCCAAAGUAAUAAUCGACAUUUUCCUUGCCCUCACAAAAAUUGUGGAAGAACUUAUUCAAGGAAUAGUAAUCUAAAACAGCAUAUUUUAACAAAGCACGAACAAAUAACUCAUGAUUGUCACAUAUGUAACACUCGAUUGUGUUCAAAAGCCAAACUGAAUAAUCAUUUAAAACUACACAAUAAACCGAUCACGGAAGUAGUUUCUGUACGUGCAAAUACCAAAGCGGCUGGUCGCAAAACUCGAAAGGAUAUGGGCGUUCCGAGGAAGUCUAUUGCAUUGAAACUAGCCGGCUUUGAAGAACAAAACGAAAUAAAAUCAGCUAUACCAUAUUUAGCAGAAACGUGUAUGACCUAGAUUAUUUAAAUAAAAUGAUUUUAGGAUUCAACUCGCUCAUAUCACUGCUUCUCAAAUAAAAUAAAGAGACCUACUUUAUUUAUUUUUAUCUAGAUCUUUUUAAAUACCUACCUACAUAAACAUAUCUUGGCAUGAUGAAACCUUAGUGCGAGUU